AGUGCGGGGGGUCUCCGCUCUGCUAUAUGGCGGUUCGUCAUUAGUUGCACACGGGAUGUAGAUUUGUGCACUGCAGCGUAUUGACCCUUUAUCUGCAACAAAUCUAUCAAUUUAUUCAUAUAUGCAGUUUAGUGCAAGUUGACACAUCAUGGAUUUGACGACCGCGUCCUCGAGUGGCAAUCAGCUUUGUAAAUUAUGCAACCGGAACGAACGUCGUUACGUGUGCCCAAGGUGCAAUAUCGCUUACUGCUCGGUCGAAUGUUACAAGUCGUCAACUCACCUCGAAUGCUCCGAGGCUUUUUACAAACAAUGCGUCGAGAACGAGCUGCUCAUGCAACAAGGCGAUCCUGAUGUAAAACAGAAGACUUUGGAGAUGCUGCAAAGGGUUUACAAUAACGAUGUAGAGGAUGAUAUUCUGACUGAAAUACUGCAGGAUGCGAAUGAAGAUUACGAUUACGAAGCAGAUCUUGAUUCCGAUGAUGAGAACCUGCCUUCUUUGGAAAAACGUUUGAAGAACAUAAACUUGGAUAAUGCAGAUGAAUUAUGGUCGGCUCUAACAACAUCUGAGAGGCAAGAGUUUGAAGCACUGAUUAGUAGCGGAGAAGCUUCAAAGUUAUUACCACAGUGGAAUCCUUGGUGGAGGUAUACUACCAAUGAAAAGCUUGUUCAAGAUUUGACUGAAAACAAGCAAGAUCAGACAUUUCGGGAUAACUGCCCUAAAAUUUUAGAUACUCCUGCUUUGGAAGGUCUAUCUAAAGUUUCUCCAUUUUUAAGGUAUAGUAUUAUUAAUACAAUUUAUUGUUACGCCUACACAGUAAUGCAUUUCAAUGGGGAGCAUCAUUCCACUCCGUUAGAUGCAACAUAUGUAUUCCUGCAUAUUUGUGAUACAAUACGAAUCAAUAGAAUUUUUAAAGAUAUUUAUUCGACUAUCGAAAGUGUUAUGUUUGCCAUAAACCAAUGCAAUGCUCUAGUUAGAGAUUCAGAUACAAUUUUGGGUACCAAAGAGGCUGGUGACGCAAUUUUAAAAGGACCAAACAAAGAAAAUAAAUUGUUUUAUGUACUUGCUGCAUUGUCAGACUCUUAUAAGUUAAUAGAGGAAGCCAGAAAGGAAAUUUCACUCGACAGGGCCACUUCCGCUAAUAAUGAAUUCAAGAGUAAAUUUCAAUCUAAUAUUGAUUUAGGAUCAACUAACAUUUCUAAAAAAACUUUUACUUUAUUUCUUAAAAAAAUUGAGUUUUACAUCACUUGGUUGAAGUCACAUAACGGAAUGUAUGAUAUUACAGAAGGAGAAAGUAUAUAGUAAAUUGUAUAUAGCAUGUAUUAUAUUUUUAAGUAACAAUUUUUUGAUAUAUAUACAUAUAUAAUAAACUAAUUUAUAGUACGUUAUGAUUCUUGUGUGAGAAAGUAAUUUUCGUCUCGUGUGAACGUUUGCGCACAAGCAAAGCGAGGGUGAAGAGGUCGUACGAGAGUGAAAUCACUUCCUUGCACAUGUAUCUGACUUUAUUUUUCGAUACUACGUGUGCGGAAAGAGAUUUUAAGCAUACUCGAUUUCUUGAGCGUGCAUAAGUUCGAUUGCCCAAGCACGAUGUGUUGAAAAAAUAUAACUUUUAUAUGAAAAUGAUGACAAAACUGGUUCGAUCAAUUUCAUCAUGUAGCUGUUAAAUAAAAUAAAAGAUGAUUAGGAGUAAAUAAUUAUUCAAAAAGCAUAGCAAUUAUAAUUUCUUGUACUUCGUACGAUUACUUUAUUUACAUUAUUCUUACAUUUUAUACGUUGCGCUACGUUACUUUUCUGUUCGAAGUGACUUUCAUACAUUAUCGUAUUUUAAGACAAUAGUAUUUUUUCUCAUGUGAAUACGGGCAUUAUAUAUAUGUACAUGCAUACGUAUACCAGAACCUUAAUAGCUUCAUCUUCGAUUUUUUCUCUAUUUUCUGUUUUGAUUCGCUAGCAACUGGGCUUUCGACGUAAAAUUUGUCCAAGUUGUGUAAAUGCAUCGACGUUGCACAAAUCAACAAAAAAAUUUUUUUAACUUUGUAAUAUAAAGAAAAAUUAUAUACACUCAUGUUAUGAAUCGUCACGUUUUUGUAUAUUUCGUUUUGUGUAUUUCAUCAUUAUGUAUAAAAUUUAUAGAAAAAAGAAGCUAUGAUUUAUGCAUUGGUUUUGAAAAGUGAACACACAAAUAAAUCAAAUUGUCUCUUAUAUCAUGUAAUGUUUAUUUAAUACUCGUAUAGUAUCUUCAUAUUUUGUAAAGAAACGGGUGAAACAGUGUCAUAGCUAUUGAACACAUUGAGCAUUUUUCAAACAAUUUUUUUAAUAAAUAAAAUAAUCGAAACGAAAAAGACGCACGAUAUAUAUAAUAUACAUUAUAUAUCAUUGCUUUUCGGCGACAUGUGGAAAGAUAUUUAAUAUGCACAUGCAAUAGGUUGUAAAAUGAAUAUACGUCGACUUAGUCAACGAACGAAGGGAAUGGCCAGCAUUUUCGUUACGUAUCUUUUUAACAAAAAUAAGUGAAAAUGGAGGUUCUAAAAUGAUUUUUUUACAUUUUAUGGCGUGAACGAAAGAGUUUUCACAUGAUAUUACUCCCUCUUAAAGUCAACAUCAUAUGCGUGUUUGACUCCGAAAUCACAGCCAUAGGAAGCAAUACUGUGGAAUUUUUAUGACAAGUGUAUAACGCUGAUAGGUCGAUGUAUGUUAAAAAGAAUGUAUUCGUAUUCAAUAAUCAUAUUGUUUUAAGUAAGUUCAAAAACUUCACUACAGUCAAGUUUAAUUGAUUUUGAAUAUCUAGAAUUGACGAUUAAUUUAGAAGCAUAAAUAAAUAAGAGUUUAACGAUGAAAGUUGUUAAUAAGUAAUUUAAAAAAAAAUGACAAUCGAAUCUACAUAAAGCUGAAAGAAUUUUUUCAAUAUAAUUUACAAUAAAAAAAAAGAUCAACGUAG